GACUGCAACACAACCCUGAACAACAUGCAACCUGCUGACAGCAAACUAUAUUUCUUCAGACUGGAAUGCAACAAUCCCCUAAGAUAUAACUUUAAGAACACAGUAAAUAUUUCUGUCAAAGCUGCUCCUCCCACACCGACUCUGACUGCGUCCACACUGAAGGUGAAGGAGGGAACCUCUGUGGGUUUGACGUGCUCUGCUCCAGCUCCCUGUCUGUCUCAUCCUCCAGCUCUGACCUGGACCCCCGGCCUGGGGGACGCUCAGGAGAAACUGCAGGAGAAUCAGGACAAAACUAAAGUCAAGCUCUCUGUUCUGACCUUCACUGCUUCUCACCUCCAUCAUGGGAAGAAGAUCUACUGUAAGGCCACCUACAACAAACAAGAUGGCAGCACUGAGUCAGCUGUUAGCACAAGUUUAACAGCUGAUAUUUCAUGUGCCCUGUGUCAAACAUUUCCGUUAUUUGUGCCGCCGACUAUAGAGGUUCUGAGUGGAUCCUGUGUGACCAUCCCCUGCUCCUUUGAUAUACCAGACAACUUUAAAUCACUCUUUGAUGAAUCAUGUAGGGUAUUGUGGAAGCAGUAUGAUAAUGAAAAGACUGUGUUUGACAGUGGAGAUCCACAAACGUCUACAAUAAAGGGAGAACUGACAGGAGACGUGACAAAAAAAGACUGCACCACAACCCUGAACAACAUGCAACCUGCUGACAGCAAACUAUAUAUCUUCAGACUGGAAUGCAACAUCCUGAGAUAUAGCUUUAAGGAAAAGACAUUAGAUAUUAAAGUCAAAGCUGCUCCUCCCACACCGACUCUGACUGCGUCCACACUGAAGGUGAAGGAGGGAACCUCUGUGGGUUUGACGUGCUCUGCUCCAGCUCCCUGUCUGUCUCAUCCUCCAGCUCUGACCUGGACCCCCGGCCUGGGGGACGCUCAGGAGAAACUGCAGGAGAAUCAGGACAAAACUAAAGUCAAGCUCUCUGUUCUGACCUUCACUGCUUCUCACCUCCAUCAUGGGAAGAAGAUCUACUGUAAGGCCACCUACAACAAACAAGAUGGCAGCACUGAGUCAGCUGUUAGCACAAGUUUAACAGCUGAUAUUUCAUAUUCACCCAAAGACACCACAGUGUCAGUCAGUCCCUCUGGUCCAGUUCCAGAGGGCAGAAAUGUGACUCUGACAUGUAAUAGUUCUGCCAAUCCACCAGUAAGGAUCUACACCUGGUACAGAGCUGACGGAGGCCAGGAGACUUUCCUAAGGAGCGGACCUGUUUUAACCAUUAAUGCAGCCAAUGAUAACAGAUUUUUUUUCUGCAAGACAGAAAAUGAUAUUGGGGCUGGACGAUCCAACAAGAUGACAAUAAAUGUUCAGUAUUCACCCAAAAACACCACAGUGUCAGUCAGUCCCUCUGGUCCAGUUCCAGAGGGCAGAAAUGUGACUCUGACAUGUAAUAGUACUGCAAACCCACCAGUCAGGAACUACACCUGGUACAGAGCUGACGGAGGCCAGGAGACUCUUAUUGGGACCAGACAAGUUGUAAACAUCAAAGUAUCGAAAGGAGACAGUCUGUUUUUCUGCAAGACAGAAAAUGAUAUUGGGGCUGGACGAUCCAACAAGAUAACAAUAAAUGUUCAGUAUUCACCCAAAGACACCACAGUGUCAGUCAGUCCCUCUGGUCCAGUUCCAGAGGGCAGAAAUGUGACUCUGACAUGUAAUAGUUCUGCAAACCCACCAGUCAGGAACUACACCUGGUACAGAGCUGACGGAGGCCAGGAGACUCUUAUUGGGACCAGACAAGUUGUAAACAUUAAAGUAUCGAAAGGAGACAGUCCGUUUUUCUGCAAAGCUGAAAAUGAAAUUGGAACUGGACAAUCAAACAUCAGUCAAAUAGAUGUUCAAUUUGCUCCACAAAUCCUGCCCUCAUCUAACUGCACCAACGCUGCAUCCCAGCUCAACUGUUCCUGCAGGACUGUGGGAAAUCCUUCCCCCACUUUGAAGUGGUAUCUGGAUGGGCUGCCUGUCAACCAGUCUGACACGUUUGGAAUCAGCUCUCUAAAUGACACAGGUCUGAGGAGCAUCCUUAUUGUGAACCAACCACAGGAGAGGGAUCUUUCCAACUUGCUCUGCCUCAGUUCCAACUCUCUGGGAUCUGCCAGUCAACGUUUUUGUGUCGCCAGCCUAAAAUCUCAAGACCAUGUUUCAGGCCACACAUUGCUGUUUCCAGUCUUCAUCACCACAGUUGCUGCUCUGCUAGUAUUAGUAUGUGCUCUGCUGUUUGUUAUCAGGGCUCAAAGGACUCAACGUAACCUUGCGAAGAAUCAGUGCACAGGUGACACCAGCACACUUCCUAUGACCCAACUUCUAACAAGUGGAGAAGAAAAUGAGGUACCCAACACAACACAAGAGGACAUUUAUGUCAACACCAAUGAUCUGAGACAGGCAGAAGCUGACCAACAUGCAGCCGUCCCUGAGCCAAACAGUACAGACUUGCCAAGCUCUGGACCGAACAAUGCAGAAGAAACCAAUAAAAGCUCAGAAAAGAAGGGUGAGGAAGGCAGUGAUGUGAUUUACUCCUCUGUGAUUUGGAAAAGCAAGAGCAAUAAGAAGGGAGAAGACUCUGUGAACAUGAAUCGUCCUGGUAGCUCCUAUCUGGAGGAGGAGAGUUACGCAGUGGGAGGCAUGUGCAAAAGCUUUAUGAGCACUGCACUGGAGAUGGGAAAUGUAUAUGACAAAGUGGUGCCUAGGAAUGUGGAGAUGGCAGAGGAAAGUGCAUAUGCCCAGGUUAAAUUCAAAGAUAAGAGUCCUAAUCACCAAUAGAGCACAGCUCUGUAGAACCAGUCACAAAGUUUGUCUGGCUUUGUAAAUACCCGUGUACUGUGUGUACUGUGAAACCCCCUAGAAGGUUGUUGUUUAUUUUAUUUUUGAAGGAAAUUAAAAGCUAAUAAAUAUGUUAUUAUGUAUUAUUAAUUAUAUCCAAAAAUGAAAAUAUAUGAUUAGAAAAGUGUAACACAACCUCUGCUUGGGUCGGUAACUUUACUUCAAGUUAAGCGCUUUGGCCUUAGCCUCCAGUGCUCCUUUUCUUUAAGGUCGCAAUAUUCGCUCUUUAUACAGUUAGUAUGAUAACCCUGACCUGAUUAUAAAAGGUGAAAUAGUAGCUUUUGUUGAUUGUCUGUGGUUAACUAGCUUAGGUCUCUCUCAGCCAGAAGGGGGAUGACUAAUUAAAUGUGAUGGUAUCACUCCUGUUGUCAGGGAAAUGCUGUAAAUAUCUUUAAUGUAAAUGUAAAUCAACCACCAGUUUUCUACCUGGAAAUCACUGUUGUUUUCAUGGUGAUCUGGUCUAUAUUUCUGUGAUAAGUUUUGAAAAAAGAUUCUGAAUAUCUUCCCAGUAUGUUUUCUUAUUUGUAAGCUAUGAUUAUUGUGAUAUUUAAUUUACAUAACAAUAUAAAAUACUGUACAUUAGCAUUAAUAUUUUACUUGUAAAUUGAUGUUUGCUGGUGUAAAGGGUUAGAGAGAGGCCCUGCUGUUUAACAUUUAUUGGACAUUGUAGCAUAGUGUGUUUAUUGUAUUAUUUUUAACAUUUACUUUUUGUUCAAAGUAAACUGGCUGUAAAUAAAUAAAUAAACAUGAAGAGA